AUGAAAAUCAUCGACGUAUUACUAAAGAAUAUUCGAGAUGAAGAGAUUAACCAGUACAAAGAGGACACGAUGCUUUUAUGUUACGCCUACUGUAACGUGCAGCACAAGUUGGGAGAGGAAAUUGUCGAUCGGCUGAACCAAAAAGGAAUUGCACGCAUUCAGGUACUCCAAAAUCCCAAAGUUUUAGACGAGCUGAAUGCGAUCAAACAAAUUUUGUCCAACGAGCACGGGCCAGCAGCAAAAGUGGCCAAUCUGUUAAAAAGGAUAGAAGCCGAUAUGGCAAAAACCUACCGUGGCCAACAUCAGCCCAACCCGCACAAUCAAUCAAUCUAUGACAAGAUUAGAGAAAUGCAGGCAAGGAAGGCUGAAGUCGGUAGCAUUGCACACACCAUCGGCGACGAUUCAAUCAAAACGGAAGAUAAAGUCGGCCAGAUGUCUCAAACUGCUCUACGUAUCGCAAUCGAGGAUUCGGACGUGGAAAAGGUUCGUAGCCGAUUCAAAGAAUUUGGAGCAGAUUUCAUCAGCAAAGCGACGUGGGGAGAAAUGGGAACGAAUGCGCUUCAUUUGGCAUCAUUUUAUGCAAAGACGACCGAUCUGAUCGAAUUCAUUCGGGAAACGGGAAAAUUCGACAUCAACGGAACCGACAACAAUGGAUGGACACCUCUCCAUUAUGCAAUCACAGGAUAUAAUGCUGCAAUAAAUGCUCGUCACCUGAUUGGAAAAAGAGCCGAUCCCACCAUAGCCAGCAACAACGAAGGGCUCACUCCAUUUCACACGGCAGCGAUAUUUAUUCGAGAACCCCACAUUCUCGACUUAUUUCUGGCAAAUGACGACAAAUUUAAUAUCAACCACCCAGACCAAUCUGGAAUAACACCCCUGCACAUGGCAAUCAAGCAAUCCAACACAGCUACAGCAGAAUUUCUGUUAUCAAAAGGAGCCAACCCCAACAUCGCUGAUGAAAAUGGAUUCACUCCACUUCACGUGGCGGCCAAAUAUGCAAAAGACAUGGACAUUGUUAACUUACUCCUUAAUCACAUAGACAUGAAUGUCAACUAUUUAGACAACCAAGGAAACAAUGCGCUACACUACGCAAUGGACAACGAGCACGGCCUUGCCAAAGAAAUUGCAAAUCUGUUGAGGGGGAAAAUGGCCGCGAAGUCGGAAGGAAGUAGGCCUAACGAACCGAAGAAAAUUGCGACAUUGGUACCAGAUAGCAUCGAAGAAGAUUCGUACAUAGAAACAAUUCGCUUCUUGAUGGAAAACGGACAAGAUAUUAGCGCGUUGACAUGGGGAGAAUACGAAGGGAAUGCGCUUCAUGUGGCAUCACUUAAAGCAAAGACGACGGAGUUCAUCGACGUCGUUCGGGAAACUGGAAAAUUCGACAUCAACGGGGUUGACAGCGACGGAAACACACCUCUCCAUUACGCAAUACUGGGAUCUAAUGCAACAAGUGCUCGCUACCUGCUGGAAAAGAGAGCCGAUCCCACCAUAAGUGACAAUAAUGGCAUCACUCCAUUUCAUCUGGCAGCGGCAUUUAGUCGAAAAACCGACAUUCUCGGAUUAUUUCUGGCGAAUAACAAACAAUUUGAUAUUGACCACCGAAAUCAAUCAGGGAUGACUGCGCUCCACAUGGCAAUCAGGCAUUCCAACAAAGUUACAGCAGAAUUUCUUUUAACAAAUGGAGCCAACCCAAACGCUGCUGAUCGAAAUGGGCUCACCCCACUUCACGCAGCGGCCAAAUAUGCCAAAGACAUGAAUAUCGUCGAGUUACUUGUAAAUCACAAAGACGUGAAUGUCAAUUAUUUGGACAAUAGCGGACUUAAAGCGCUGGAUUACACACCAACCAACUUGUAUGGGAUCUGUAAACAAAUAGCUAAGCGGUUGAGAGAAAAAGGCGAAAAGGCAACAUCAGAUGGUAUCAACCAACCGGAGAGCAUUCCGGCGAGGUUAAACGCAAUCACAAAUUCAAACGUGAAAACGAAGCAUAUCCUGAAAGAGAACAGAUUAGAUAAUGCGGCAUGGGGAGAAAACGGGACGAACGCACUUCACGUGGCGGCAGCUUAUGCAAAGACGACGGACGUCAUCGACGCCAUUCUGGAAACGGGAACAUUCGACAUCAACGGAGUUGACAACGAUGGAGACACUCCGCUCCAUUACGCAAUCAUGGGAUCUAAUUCUGCAAGAAAUGCCCCUCACUUGAUUCGAUUGGGAGCCAAUCCAAUCAUUGCCAAUAAAACCAAAGUCACUCCACUGCAUUUGGCGGCCAAAAAUGAAGAGACGACGGAACUCAUCGACAUCAUUCUGGAAACCGGGCAAUGCAACAUCAACACAGCCGAGGCUAUCGUGGCUGUGAACCCAGUUGACAACGACGGAAGGACACCACUCCAUUACGCAAUAAAGAGACCCGACCCGGUUACAAUCAAUGCUCGUCGUCUAAUUAAAAUGGGAGCCGACCCUAACAUCGCUGACAAGAACGGAGUCACCCCUCUGCACAUGGCGGCGAGAAACGCAGAAUCGAUGGACCUCAUCGAACUACUCCUCAAUACUGAAGCAGUAAACGUGAAUUGUGUCGACAAUCAAGGACGCAUUCCUCUCGCAUGUGCUAGGGACAACAAACACGGACUAGGCGAGAAGAUUAUCGCCCGACUGAAGGAAUCUGGCGCAAAAGAAUAACACCUCCUUUAUUGGCGCCUCAUUCGACAGCAGGAGUACAGGGCACAAUCCGGAGGGACGCCGGCAGAACAUUUCCUGGAUUCAAUAGUCUUCGUUAAUUGUAGUGGAAUGGAUAGUUUUAGAUCUAGUUUAAAAUCCUGGUGUUUUUGGUGUGGGACUAUACAUAACUGUUAUUUUAAUUUUCUCAAUUUCAACAGCUUUAAAUACUAUAUGCAAUAUCCAUCAAGAAUGAACAGCAUUCGCGUAUACAAUUAAAUAUAAUCUUUGAUUUAAAGUAGUUUAAAAUUAAUCGUCUUAUCUAUCCGUUAUAGUGUUGGUU